ACUUAGAAGUAGGUAGGUAAACAAACACAUCCACAGCAACCUACUUCUAAGUACUGUGAUAGAUUGUUGUGCCCUUACUUCCGUUCCUGGUUCUCUCUUUCUCUCUCUCUCUCUCUCCCUCAUGAGCUCAUAGAUGCUAUUUGUACUCGUUGCCUGUCUGUCUGCUUACAGUGGUGGCAAUUGGCGUAGGUGAGAUUAACGAGGUGUGUGGACCUGUUCUUCUUCUGCGUUUUGGGUUUUGGGAAAUUUCCUCUUGUUUUGUGCUGCUUCGACUGUGCGUGUAGGUCUUUCUUUAACUUGGUCGGUGGAGGGCGAUUGUAAGCCCUGUCCACUCUUAGUCGAUCUGGCACUCUUUGCACGCUCCCUCUGGAGCAGCUCUCAUCGUGCUUUAUUUGGCAGCCUUUUCACUGCGAAGUAUUGACGUCGUCUCAGGUUUUCUUAAUCAAGCUAUUCCUGGAAUAGUCAGGUGAGGAAACAGCUGAUAGAAUCACUUCCAUUGUGUCGCCCCUCUUGUAUGCACACAAGUGUGACGCACUGUUUGACUUGCUGUAGAAGCUGGCUAUGGCUAUGUCGGCGAGGGGUGGAAAAGACCCUGGUACGGCCGUCAUAACGUUUCAAUCUGGGUGCAUGUCUUUUAUUGCUCUUCUCCUCGUCUUUAAGGACAGAGGCCUAUAUGCAAGCAAGCAAAUGGAUUCCGACGUACUCUUUGUAUAAGCGCAUUGAUCUUAGAAAUAUAGUUAGGUCUCCAACUUUGAAACUACGAAAAGUCGUAUAUCUCGAAACUUCUGGAUGAGUACCGUUGUCAGCAGCUCAAACAGCUCAAGUCAAGCCAAGUCAAAGCAGGUCAGGUCUAGUUACGUCAAGUCAGGCCAAGUGGUCGACUCGCGAUUCCCUUACAAAGAUCUCUGUACGUUUUCAAAAUUUGUGUAGCACACUGCCCUGCUGUGCAAAACGUGGACAUUAGUUCUUGAGGUUGCUGAUUUCAGCUUUAGCGCGUUUUUAGUUCUCAUAUUCUGUGCUCUGAUUUGGCCCAGAUUUGAUGAUACGAAAUCUGAGCUAAGCCUACUCUCUUCCAUGGCUUACGGUGACGUCUCAGUUGUGAGUAUGAUGCCUGAAUUAACUAACUCUAUUGACGAUGAUUCUGGUUCUUCGCCGUGGACGUCCCUGCCAACCGAUAUCGUCGAGCAUGCCCUUGCUUUGCUUCCCUUCCCGUACAUAUUUCAAGUGCGCUCUAUCUGUAAGAAAUGGAAUUCUUUAAUCUUCUGCUCUCAGUUCCAAGAGGCCUCCUUACGAUGCCCUGUGCCUUGGGGACAAUUUUAUUCGCCCCGAAUUGGAUGGAAGGGUGGAGCUUCUCCAUUGGUCACAUGGCAAUCAUACAAUCUCUCUGAAGGGAAAUGGGUCAGUAUGCCUCAAUUUGAAUUUCCAACGUUUGCCAGAAAAUUCUCUUGGAAUUUGAUAGCAGCCAAUGGAGGACUAUUCUGCUUUGGAGCUUCGGAUGCGCGGCGAUUAUUAGUUUGUAAUCCUAUGACGAAGAGGUGGAAGGAGCUUCUUCCGGUGAGCUUAGAUUCUAAAGCUCCAAUAAUCAGUCACAUGAUUGUGGACGAACAAAGAAAUUCCUACGAUAUUCUAUUUUUAGUCUCAAAAGCUUCCUGGGACACACGGGGACUUUCUGUUGUUUUUGCAGGUAAUGCUGCAUAUAAACAGCCUGAUGCUAGAUGUCGCAUGGUAGAUUUGUACGACUCCGUAACUGACACUUGGAAUGCAGCUGAGAUGUUGCCAGCCGACUUGAUUUUGAAGAGUGGAGCUUACUGCAGUGGUGAAUUUUACUGCUUGACCCGACACUUUCUGACUGGUCGUUACACAAUAGUGAUUCUAGAUCUGACCAUGCUGAGAUGGAGAGAUAAUAAUAUUCGUAUUCCAGAGGGUUUUGAGAAUUAUCCCUACAUCGUAGCUUGCUCGGGGCAGGUGCACUUGGUCAGUGGAAGCUCUGAAGCUACAGAUACGAUGCCGAUGGCAAGCAUUGGGAUUUUUCGGUUGGAUCCUAACCUUUCAAGUUGGGAAAAAGUAAGCGAGUACUCAAAUUUCCAGUUCCUUCGAUCUACUGGGGCAAUCUAUGGUUGCGGGGCUCAUGGAUCGAAGAUUUAUGUGGUAACAUAUGCAUAUGAUAUGUGGAUUGCUGUUUACAACAUUUCUACCGGCAUUUGGGAGGAGCCCAUCAAAGGCAAUUUCUACGACAUGAAGGACAUCUUUGAGACUAAAUUCUCUUUCCAACCCAACCUUCGAGUUGCACCCUGAGCAAUGUAUUUUGAACCUCGGGAAUGUGAAAGUAGCUCUCUAGAAGAACCUGUAUAGUAGAGAUGGCCGUCUUUUCUACGUUUUCGCCCAUUCUAGUAGCAAAUGAGAUUGUCAUGAGUUUUCUAGAACUUGUACAUUUUGGUGAUCACUUGGUGUAUAGCUGAAGCACAAACACCUUGCAAUUAACUUUGUUAGGUUCUUAAAUCGCCAGAUUUCUGCUUUUCAAUGGUGUGCUCCUCUCCGUUCAGAUUUAAAUCAGUGGGUUCUUUCAGACUUU